CCCCCGAACCACCCACUAUUAAACGUUUACUGGGAAGCAGCUGGAAGUCCUCCAUCAACCACCUGAUCAGCAAGUGAAGAAAAGACAACUUUGUAGCUGCUUCAUCCACCCUGUUUGUUUCACACAGGGAAAAACUGCUGUACGGAAGUUAAAAUAUGCAGAUGAACUGUAAUUCUUAUCCAAUUACUUCAGUAAUCAAUGGAAUUAUCGAUAGAAUACUUAAUUACUAAAGUUGCAGCCCUAAUUUAAUUUGCUCCUUUAGGACAGCACCACCACAACAUGUGAGAGAGAUGUAUGCUCAAGGCAUGAUUGAAAAGUUCCCAAACCUGCGUGAUCCUUAUUCCAAAAAUGGAUAUUGGCUACUUAGCAUGGAGGCUUAAAAUCAUCCAGAGGAAGAGCACCUUAUCAGAGGGGAGAAGAUCAUCAUGUCAGCUGACUGGGUGUGGACCAACAGCCAGAGGAGAUGCUUCAUUUAACCCUGAGGUGACCCUAAGAGAAGAGCCAUAUAAGGAAGCUAAUUCCUUCAUGAAAUACUCUUCUGAUGAGGCCGCCAUCAGGAACAAAAUGAAGAUGAUGUUUGAUUACCAUUGCAAGAUGGUCCUGGACGAAAACAGAUCAUCCAGCGUCUUGACUGAAUUUCCUCGCUUCAGAGAUGUCAGAGGCUUGAUUGAGCAAGACUUCAUUCUGGAAUUUGGAGAAGAUGUAGCUACCAGGUUUUUGGAGAGGUGGCCGACUGUUUUCAAGCAUAAAGUGAUCCAGCAGAGCAAGACUCUCCCUACCUCAACCGACCUUGAAGAAGUGAUCUACUGUGCUGAAGGAGCUUCAAGUGAGGAGGAACUGGAUGAGACCCUUACCUCUGGCUGGGACAGUGAUCUUGCUUCCAUCAUUCUCCUGUUCCACCUGAUUCCUCCUUCCUGUCAGGGUUACAAAAGACGUGGGAAGGUUUCUCCAUCCCAGGAUGAGGAGCACCAUGUGGUCUUCCAGAAGAGUGGAACAAGUGUCCAGGAACAUGCUGAUGCCAUGAACUCCACUACGCAGCCCUACCCACUUGCUGUUGGGACAAAGAGGAGCACCAUUCAUGAGUUCUUCAUUGUUCUGGACAAGCAGGUCGUACCAUGCAUGUCAGCCAGCUCACUUGGAGCUUUUGAUGAAAUUUUUCACUUCGUAUUUGGAACUGUUUAUAAUCAAAUCCUCCACAACAUGUACGUCUUGGAACUUGGAGAGUUAAAGGAAGGUGCUGAAAUUGCUUCAGAACUUUGUAGUGAACUCUCUCUCUCUCCAUGUCAAACACAAAAUUACUUUCAACUGGGGCUACAGAAUUUCAUCGGCAACAACAUAUUCCUAAUUGGUCACUGGUAAUCUAAAGAUCUAAUUUGAAAAGCUUUUGUGUAAAAUUUUAUGUGACCUUAAGAAAAUGGGUGCUUUUAACUUUGUCACUGACCAAUUGAUAUUUGUCGUUUGUUAAAAAUGGCACUAAUGUCAAGUUCUUCAAAAAAUAUGUAUUUCUUAGAUAAAUGGAUAAAGAUGUUCCAGUAAAUUCACAUUGUCUUAGAAAAGUUUUUUCUUUCUAAUCAAACUGAAAAUGCAGAGAAGCCUUUAAGUGCAUUUUAUUUUUGUACUGAACUUAAUAAAUUAAUAAGACAAGGAAGAUGGGUUCUUUUUGUGCUACAAAUAUCUUUGGCUGUAUGUCGUAAGAAAUAUUAACAAUAGGUUUAUAAAAACAGUAUAUAAUUGUGUAAAUUUUUUUGACACUGACUGAAUUGGUUACACAUUAACACUGUUUAGAGUUAAAUUUAAUUAACAGUUAAAUAGAUCUUACACUUGUUAAGAAAAAAUUGUAGGAGUUGAUUUAG